AUGGGAAAACUACAGAGUAAAUUCAGACGACGGUCUGACCUGUACAGGGCUAGAGAGGAGGCGGGGUCAGCUCCUGCACAGCAGGUGCUACAGUACGAGCCCGCCCACUCCGACGCCGUCAACUGUGUGACCUCACUGACCUCUGACCUCUGUGUGUCUGGAGGCUGUGACCAGACUGUGGUCGUGUAUGACUGGAGAGCUGGGAGACUGUGUCAGUCCUUCCAUGGUCACAGCAGAGAGGUCACCAAGGUGAGUUGUUUCCCUGGCAGUACCUGGGUCUUCAGUGCUUCGCGGGAUAAGACCGCCCUGAUGUGGGACCUGAGCCGUGGACAGCAGCCCAUACAGGAGUUCUGUGGACACGAGCUGGUGGUGAACGGACUGGCUGUCAGUCCAGAUGGGUCCAAGCUGUGCACAGGCUCACGGGAUAAUUCCAUGUGCCUCUGGGAUAUUGAGUCUGGAGAGUGUCUGCAGAGAAACACAAUCUCCCGUAACCUGGUGACUCAUGUAUGCUGGGUCCCGCGCGGAACAUCCAUAGUCCAAACAUCAGAGGACAAGACCAUCAGGGUGUGGGACAGUCGAACUUGGCAGGUGACUAACACAUUUCCUGCGAAGCAGUACAUUCAGACGCACUGUGACGUCAGUGCUAAUGGAAACCACCUGCUGUCCAGCAGUAAUGGCUUCAGUGGACAAGGCUGUGAAGCCACGCUGUGGGACCUGAGACAGCCUGGCUGUAAGGUAGUGGAGUAUCGGGGUCACCUCCAGACCACAGCCUGCUGUGUGUUUCUGCCACCCAGUCUCAGAGGCCCAGCCCUGGUCGCCUCGUCCUCCUACGACAGCUCCGUUAAAAUCUGGGACCAGAACACGGCAGUGUGUUUGUUCACUCUCUCUCUGGAUGGGUCGGGGCCACUGGUGUCCUUGGCUGCCGGCAACUGCUCCAGUCUGCUCUGCGCCAGUUUCAACACUGGCCUCCACCACCUCCACCUGGGACAGGGAGCUACACCCGACCUGAGGGAGGUGGCCCGCUUCUGA